AUGCUGCUGCAGCUAACCGGCGACCCCUCCCACAACCCCAAGCUGAGCUCAGUUGCUGCCCCCCACUCCCAGCCCCAGCAGACUGUGCUCAGGAACCUGGGACCUUGGUCUGCCACUGGUCCACUUCCAGGUGGAGGAUGCACUGCGGCCCCUUCCUCUAGCCCGUUUGGGAAGAGACGAUCCCCGCCCUGCAGUCACGUCACAAUGUCCGCCCCCUCCCACUUUCUAUUCAGGACAUCUUCCUUAUGUCUGGAAGAGGAUGUGAGUGCUGUACUAGCAGCUCCAGGUGAUUUCCAGGCUGAUCCUUUGCAAGGUGGUUCCUGUCCCCAGACUGUUGGCUUGGUCAACCAGUGGCCACACGUGGGUCCUCAAGAAGCCCAUGAAGAGGGCUCCACAUGGUCUUCCCUUGGAGUGAGGUCUAGUCUCAUCAGAUCUUCAGAAAGGACUUUGUGGCUGGUCACACCAGUGGGUGAACAUGCUUUCCCCCAGGUGCCCAUGAAGAGGUCUCCAGCAAACAUCUGUUUGGGGCAGCUCUGUGCUCACCACCCCUUCCAAGAAGAGGCCCUGGUCCUGAGGUUACUGGCAUCUGUCACACUGGUGAUCUGGAGCUGCCCCCAAAUGCUAGGAGUAGAGGAGAUGAAAACCUCAGCCAUCAUCCUUGGGACACUUGCUGAGACAAAUCACCUGUCCUUCUCCAUGGAUUAUCAUCCUAUAUCUCUGUAAUAGACCUCCCAUUAUUCUCAUCAAAUAAAUG